AUGGCUCUAGUUGAGGAAAAGACAAGUUCGAAGCCUGCAUCGCUACCGAUGAAAUCAAAUACGCUCUCCCAGAGCAGCCUAGAAGGAGGUCAAUUCGAUAUCAAUGAAAAGGCGCUGUUGCGUAAGCUGGAUUACCGACUGCUUCCACCAUUGACGAUACUAUAUCUUCUGUCCUUCUUAGACAGAAGCAAUGUUGGCAACGCUCGCUUGGAGGGUAUGGCUACGGAUAUUGGAAUGACGGGCAACAUGUACCUUACAGGUCUCACACUCUACUUCAUUGGUUACGUCGCUUUCGAGGUCCCUUCCAAUAUCGUGCUAAAGAGGACUACACCUCGGAUAUGGCUCCCGACCCUCACAUUGAUCUGGGGCAUCGUUGCCACGCUUCUUGGGGUUGUCCAGAAUUACGCUGGAUACCUGACAUCACGGACAGCUCUGGGGAUUGCUGAAAGCGGACUGUUUCCGGGCGUCGUCUUCUAUCUUUCUAUGUGGUAUAAGCGAAAUGAGCAGCACUAUCGGGUGGCCCUCUUCUUCAGCGCUGCAUCGCUCGCUGGUGCUUUUGGAGGCAUUCUCGCCUGGGGUAUUGCGCAUAUGCGUGGUGUUGGUGGUUACAAUGGCUGGAGAUGGAUCUUUAUAUUGGAAGGACUGGCGACUGUUGUCAUGUCCAUUGUCGCUUAUUUCUGGGUCUACAAUUACCCUGCAACUGCAGAGUUCUUGACAGACAAGGAGCGCGCGUUCAUCCAAUUCCGCCUGAAGAAGGAUAGCGAUGCCGCUCAGGACGAAAAGUUCAGUUGGACGGCAGUGUUUGCUGCGUUCAAAGAUGUUAAGGUUUGGUUGUACGGGCUCUGCUUCCACACGAUGUCUCUGCCCUUGUACACAUUAUCGCUGUUCAUGCCCACGAUCAUCAAGGAACUGGGUUAUUCGGCUGCCAAGGCCCAGCUGCUUACUGUUCCUCCUUAUGCCUUGGGGUUCAUUCUGACAAUCAUCGUCGCAAUCCUCUCUGAACGCACUCGGCGCCGCGCACCAUUCAUCAUUGGCUCGACCACAUUCGCCUGCAUCGGAUACAUCCUUCUUCUCACUUCAAAGAGAGCAUCCGUAUCUUACGCUGGGGUCUUCUUCGCCGCUUGCGGCAUCUACCCUUCGGUGGCCAUCGUGCUGUCUUGGCCGGCCAACAACGUCUCCGGGCAAACCAAGCGCGCUAUAGCCAACGCGAUGCAGAUCUCGAUCGGAAACUUGGGAGCUGUCAUGGGCACGCAACUGUAUCGGACUGAAAGCAGCCCGCGCUACUAUGUUGGCCAUGGAUUUGCAUUAGGGUACCUCGUUGCGAAUAUCGUUGUGGUUAGUGUCUUGUGGGCUGUGCUCAACCGGGAGAAUGUCAAUAAGGCUAAGCAAAGAGAGGCAAAGGGCAUAACUGCAUUUAUCGGUGAUAUCGGGGAUGCAGAAGGCGAUUUUCAGGGCGACAGAGAUUCUCGGUGGAUUUUUCAGACUUAA